CACCGGCUAUAAAUCCUGACCAAUCCCCGUGCCAUGUCCGUUUUCUAGCUCAUUACUCUUAAUAAAGAAGCAAAAAUGCGUGAGGCAUUUAUUUCAAUUCUCGUCUUAGCUAUCUUCGCACAGGCGAAAUGCUCCGACAUCGGCAAGGAUGGAUUCAACUAUUAUAAAGAUUAUUUACGAGCGCGUUCAGAUUUGCCGGAAGGGCCUGUGCCGGGAGAGCGAAUGCUUUAUUUUUACCGGACUCCGCUCCAGCUGUAUCCUAGUUUACUGCCAGCUUUGGAGCAAGAAUAUAAGAAGAGAACUGUCAACGCGUUUAAAAAUCACAUGUUAAACAAAGAGCUAUGGACCGACGGGGAAAUGCCAGGAAAAAGAAGUUCCAAAACCGGCCUAGCAUUAUUGAUGCAGAAUAAACAACCCUAUUAUAUGGACGUAAAUCAUUAUUGCCUGUUCGGCAAAUAGGGGACCCUGCUUUAGCAUUGAAAGACCUUCGGGAAAUGUUGAAGUAUCUUAAGUAUAAAUUGGCUUAUUCAUUUAAAUAAUAUCUGUUGAUGUAUAUCUUGUUUUAUUAAAUAUCAUAAACAUUUACCUCAUAUUAAUAAGGUUAUAUAUUGUGUUGUUAAUCGACUGGCGAUGUUGGAUUAUA